CCGGUUGAGUCAGGCGCGGCCAAAGAGUUGGGAUUUUUGACAGAAUGCAGAGACUAACCUCCUUACUGUGGAUAAUCGUCCUAUUAUGCCAUUACCACAUUGUGUGGGGUUCUGGUAUAGCUGACAAGCUCCACUACUAUGAGACAAUGCGAACUACUGACAUUAAGUUGCGUGUUCGGCGAAGCGCUGAUAACAAACCAGGAUUUGACAUGAAAGAAAUCUGGUUCAACACAAUGGGCAGAGAUUUCCACCUAGCAUUGAAGCAGUCUUCUGUAUUGAGUUCAGACUUCAAAGCAACCGCAAUUAAUGGGGAGAGCAAGGAGUCUUUCUCUGUUGACAGGAGAAAAUUUCUAUCUGGGAAGCUUUAUGAUGACCCGGACUCCUCUGCACAUGUUCUCUGGGAUGGUGAGAUCAUGACAGCCAGCAUAGCAACAAAAGACGAGGUUUAUUAUGUGGAGCCCUCAUGGAGACACUUUCCCCCUUCUGUCAACCACUCAAUGGUGACCUACAAAAAAUCAGAUGUGAAGUUUGACCCUGAUGCUAUGAUUGGAGGAGUCAUGGGAGAUUUUGCUAAUGUUGAUGAAACUGUUGGAAUGGAGCUAAACGAUGGGAUCAGGCUGUUUCCAAAGGAACCUGAACCGGAGCCUGAGAGUACAGGCCCUCAGAGAGAGAAGCGUCAGGCCACAUCCCCCAUCAUCGGGCCUCGAACAUUGUGCAGAUUGGCAGUAGUUGCUGACUUCUACUUUUUCUCCAAUAUGGGUCAAGGUGACCGCUACCCGACAAGUGAAUUUAUGAUAAGUCUGAUAGACAGGGUCAAUGGCUACUUCAAAAGGACUGUCUGGACUGACAAUAAGGAGGAGAUAUUUAACACAGGGUUUGAAAUUGCAGAGAUAAUUGUCCACGAAUCGUACACUGACAGUGGGGACAACAAUCAUUACAACAUGAAGGGCCGUGUCAACGACAUGUCCAAUGUACUAGAUUGGUUCGGUGAAUCACAUGUCCAGGAUUUCAAGGAUGUGUGUCUAGGCCACCUGUUUACUUAUCAAGCAUUCCGAGGAAAGCUGGGUCUUGCCUACAUUGCCUCUCCUCACAAAAGCAACCUGGGUGGAAUCUGCUCGAGAGCUGCUUAUGUAAAUGGGAAAAAGCAGGCCGUCAACACCGGUGUCAGCUCGUUCCAGACACCAGGGGGCAGCACUGCCAUGAGUUUGCCAUCAACACUCACCGUGACACACGAAAUAGGCCACAAUUGGGGAUGUGAGCAUGACCCGGACACCAGUAACUGUUCUCCGAGAUCCUCAGCUGGUGGCAAGUACAUCAUGUAUCCCAGCUCGACAACUGGCUACCAGGCAAACAAUCAGGUAUUCUCAUCUUGCAGUCGACAGUAUGUGUUUAAAGUGCUCCAGAAUAAAGGCUUCGACUGUUUCUCAGUAAAUUCAGAGGAAAACUCUUUUCCAGAGUCCACAGGUGGAAUCGGUUUGUGUGGAAAUGGGAGGGUAGAUAAGGAUGAGGAAUGUGACUCCGGGAAGAUGGGUGACAUCUGUUGUGACAAAGACUGCAAGCUGAUUGGUCAGGCUACUUGCAGCUACAUGAAUUACCCAUGCUGUGACAGAUUGACCUGUCAAGUGGCUUCAGGCUUCCAGAGGUGCAGAGCAUCAUCUGGCUGCAAGGAAUCGGCAAACUGCAACGGUAUUGAUUUAACCUGCCCUGUGGCUGAUAAUUCUAGAGACGGGCGGAACUGUACUGACGACGGAGUGUGUAGGAGAGGUGUAUGUCUUGGACAGUGUCAGCAACUUGGCAAAAUCCCGUGCAUCUGUGAAGAUGAAGGUAACCUAUGUAAGCGUUGUUGUCAAAACGCCAACAGCACCGGAGCUUGUACACCAUUGAAAAAUACAGGAUCUCUACCAAAUGGCAGUCCAUGUAGCUAUGGUUUCUGUGAGCAGGGAACUUGUGCAAGAUCUGGUACCAUUGUCAAAAGGUUGUACAGGGUCCUCCAGUAUUUCAGCAUCAAUCGAUUAGAGGUGGUGAUGAAGGACAAUGUUGUGUGGGUGAUUCUGCUCCUGUCCUCUUUGCUGUGGUUAAUAUUCAUCGUCAUAUUUGAAUGUGUGGAUUCAAGAAAUGAAAAGAGAGAUAGAUUAUCAAGAGAAAAUAUGACAAGAAGGAAUAAGGAAACCAUCUUACCAUUUAUGAGAGAAGGUGUAUCUGAAAAGAUCCAUUUCCCCAUUAUAAGGAGGCAGUUUGACUAGAGACAAGGAAAAUAUGGCAGCUUUUAGUUACGAGUGACGCUGAAAACUUGGACAUUUCCAGAUUUAAGCUGACGAUAAUAUGAAGUUUAUUACUGCUUUCUGGAAAAAGUGCAACAUAUGGCAUGGACUUCAUAUCUGGAUGGAACUGAGGAGACGGCUUUUCAGCUAAUGAAUGAAUAGGCAAUUAAGAAUGGUCAUAUCAUUCUGGUGAGAAUAUGGUAAAUUAUCAGGACUAUUGUGAGUAUGGUAACUGAUGAGUACCAUAACUUUGAAUCUAGUUCUGUUGAACGGAUAGAGUUCAAGAUUUAAAGUGUUAAAUAUCAUGUUGUGAAGUUAGAAAACUUCCGGAGUUGAUCUUAAAUCACAUGUUCAAAUAGGUUAUGAAACUAGGUGGUAAAUAUUUUUCUCUUUUUAUUUAUUAAGUAACAAAUGUUGUUGGAGCUAUUUUCUUUUCCAAUAGAUACCCUUUAUGUUACCUGUGAUGUGCUCAAUGGCCUGCCCUUUAUUAUGUUAUUAUGAGAUAAAACAAUACUAGGUUCAUACCUUAAUUUGACCCACAUAUGGGUGCAGUUUGUGAUACAUAGAAUUUCGUUAACUCACCGGUCAAUGGCAUAACAUGAUGAACCCCAUAAAUCAAGAGAGUCAAUAUGAAUUUCAUGGAAGGUCACUAUCAAAAUGGAAUUGAACUUCUAAAUUACUUCUUUUUAAAUUUGUUGUAUUACCGACUCACUACAGGAAUAUAUGGAGAUCCAUAGUGGGGAGGCCAAAUUUGCUUUUUAUGUUGAUGAGGUCAUUGUGUGAAUGCUGGCAUUUUAAUUGGAAAUGUGUUAUAUAUCAAAACUUUCCAGAAUGCAUAAUAUCCUGAUGGAUCUGAGGUUUUUGAGAAAAGUAACUUAAUGUAAUAUCUUUAGUAGAGGCAGCUGUAUGAAUCUGUUGUAGCCAGUGACUGGCAUGGUCUGAUCAUCCGUAAACAUCCAACAGAUUUAGCUGUUUCUUUACCAUUGAUGUUAUCUGUAAUUUACCUCAAGAUAAUUACACAAAAGUACCAUUUUAAAUCUACUUAGUGCUUCCAUGCUACAAUAAGUACCCUCUUUGUUUGACACUAAGGCAGAUAACAAUCUACUGUCUGUUUGUUAUAUAAGAUGGAGAUAUUCCCAGCAUUUCAUUAACUCGGAGUCGGGAUGCUGUAGUAUUCCGUCUUUGCGUAUUGCAGAGUUAUCUUCUCUUGUGAGCAGGUAUUGAUUGUUAUGACAUUGGU